CAUGAGUGAUGCCUUUGAAGAAAUAUUUGCAUUUAGUUCAGUUAAAAAAAAUAUAUACUUAACAAAACUAUAAGAGAUAUAAGCUUAAGAGAAUUAAAACUAAAUGGAUGUUGAAAAUGAUGAUGAUUUUAUUUAUUUAGGAGAUUGCUUCAAUAAAUAAUGGCCUGAUUUUACUCAUAGUUAAUAUUCUUAUCCUAGAAAAAUUACCAUAAAAUAUGAAUAUGAUAAGAAUGAAUUAAGGAAUAUGUUAUGUUCAACUUUUGAAAAAAAGAAGGUAAGCAUUACAUAGAGAAUAUAAAAAUUUGAAGAUGAAUAUAAAUAAUGGGAAAAACUUAAUUAAAAAGAGCCAGAACCAAAUGUGUAUUUUGGAAGAAUUCUAAAAUUUGAAAAAGUUUAUGAAAAUUAAAGUGAUACAUAAAGCACAUAAAAAUUAUCAAAUUCUAAAUAGGCUAUUUAUUUAGACUUCAAAGAAGAUCAAAUACCAAAAAAAUUAAAUUUAUCAAAUAUUGAAAAUGAAGGAGCAUAUUUAUAUCCUGGUAAAAUAGUUGGAGUAGUUAUAAAUCAAUCUACUGAUAAAGAAUUAGAAAUAAAUAAAUUCUUAUAAGUCUAUCCUGAUGAUUUGUCUAUAUAAGAAGAACCAUCAAAUUUUAAGAAUUAUUAAUUAUAACAAAGAUAGGAUUCUAUUGUUAUGGUUAUAGCAGCUGGACCAUUUGAAAAAGAAGGUAAAUUUGGUUAUAAAGGAUUAUUCAAUCUAGUUGAAAAAAUAAAGAAAAAAUAAAUUUCAUGUGAUAUACUAAUGUUAUUAGGACCUAUUUUGGAUGUAUAAAAUUAAGAAAACUUGGAUAAGUACAAUUUUGAGGUAAUAAUUAAUUUAUAUUUAUUAAGUAUGAAGAAUUUCUUGAAUUAAUAUUAUAAGCAAUAAUUGAAGAACUUCCAAAAGUUUAAGUUAUUUUAGUAAAUUCAACUAAAGAAAUUAAUACUUUUCAUCCAGUACCUCAACCUCCUCUUAAUAUUAAAGUAGAAUAAUAAAAAAAGAAAGUUUAAGUAGAAAAUUUAAUGUUAGUUGGAAACCCAUGUAUUUUACAAAUUGAAGAUAUGACAAUUGGAAUUAUAAAUGAAGAAGUUAUAUCUGAGAUAAAUUCUGGUUCAGAAAAAAUUGGUGUUUAAAAAUUAAAUAAAAUUGAAAGUGCUUUAAAAUAAAUAAUUGAAUAAAGAAGUUUUGUUCCUAUUAAUCCUACUAAAUUUCCUUGUGAUUUAUCAAAAUAAGAAUUAUUAGAUUUCGAUCAAUGUCCAGAUGUCAUUAUUACUCCAUCACAUUUUACAUAAUCUGCUAAAUUAAUUGAUUAAACAGUUUUUAUUAAUCCUUAAUUCUUUUAACCAGCAUAAUAAUAUGCUAUUUUAACUUUUAAUGGUAAUAAUGAAUUGGAUGUAAUUUCAAGAAAAAUAAGAGUAGAUUUUGGAAAACUUUGA